AUGGCACAGGAUUACUGGUCUCUGCUGAAUGGAGACGGUAAGAUCGUUUGGGGACCAGAUGCAGAGUUGACGCCUCUUGGUAUUCAACAGGCUAAAGAUAACCAUACUGCAUGGAAAGAACAGAUUUCCAAGAAAAUUAGACUUCCACAAGCUUAUUAUUCUUCUCCAUUUACGAGAUCUUUAGAUACAAUGCUCUACACUUGGAAGGGAAUAUCACUGGAUUUUGAUAAUGCUCUACGACCACUGGUAAUGGAAGAUCUCCGAGAGGAUAUCGGAGUACACACAUGUGACAAGCGUAGAACGCGGUCAUUUAUAGAGGGUCGCUUUGGCUCUAUAGUCGAUAUUGAGCCUCAGUUAACAGAAGAAGAUGAAUUGUGGAGUACUCAACACAGGGAAACUCAUUCCGAGCAUGACGCUCGUAGCCGUGAUUUCCUCAAUUAUGUAUUUGAUUUAGACUGGAAAAGUGAGACACCUGUUGAUUAUGUUUCAGUAACUUCACAUUCUGGUACGACAAAUUCUCUUCUGAGUGUAAUUGGACAUCGUAGAUUUCAACUUGGCACAGGAGGUAUGAUCCCUGUGAUCGUCCGAGCUCAAAAACUAUAG